CCAUACUUAGGUCAUAAUUGAAUCCAAAAUUGGAGCUUUCUUAGUUUCAGUGUGAAGAUCUGUCAAAAUCAAUGGCAAACAACCCCUCGCAGCUUCUUCCUUCAGAGUUGAUAGACAGGUGCAUAGGGUCCAAAAUAUGGGUGAUAAUGAAAGGGGACAAGGAGCUCGUGGGUACUCUAAGAGGCUUCGAUGUUUACGUCAAUAUGGUCCUUGAAGAUGUCACUGAAUAUGAGAUCACUGCUGAAGGAAGACGGAUCACGAAGCUUGAUCAAAUUUUGCUGAAUGGAAACAACAUUGCCAUCCUGGUCCCGGGAGGCUCACCUGAUCCGGAAUGAGAGUGCCUCGUCCUCUUUGUUUCUUUUAAUGAUAAUCGUUCUAGGCCAUAUUCUCUGUUUUAAUGAGAAAUCUGGUGCAGAAAGAAAGCUCUUAACUCUCGCCACUGUAAGAUACUUGAAAUUUAGUUGGACAGAUUGCCACACU